AUGAGCUCCUACCAUUCCAGUGGUCGACUCUCAGACAAUCCCAUGGCUAUCGAGGCUUGGUUUAUGGAUGAAAGUAGGGAGGACAAGAGGCUCCCUCAUCAUCGAAGCCCCCCAGAAUUUGUCUCCUUGGAUUAUUUGGCAGAGCUUGGAGUCUUGUACUGGCACUUAAAUCCAAAGGACUAUGAGAAUGAUGAGGAAUUGCAAAAGAUUAGAGAAGACAGGGGCUAUAAUUACAUGGAUUUGUUGGACUUGUGUCCUGAGAAAGUGCAAAACUACGAAGAGAAGCUGAAGAACUUCUACACAGAGCACAUACAUGGUGACGAAGAGAUACGUUAUUGUCUUGAAGGCAGUGGUUAUUUUGAUGUUCGAGACAAAAAUGACCGUUGGAUCCGCAUCUGGAUCAAUGCCGGUGAUUUAAUUGUCUUACCAGCUGGAAUUUACCACCGGUUUACCCUCAACACUUCCAAUUACAUCAAGUUGAUGAGGUUGUUCGUCGGAGAGCCGGUGUGGAGAGCGUUUAAUCGGCCACAGGAGGAACAUCCGGCAAGGAAGGAGUACAUCAAGAGCUUGGUUGAGAAGGUUGGAGUGGCACUUGAAGCUCACUGA